AUAGAUUCAGAACAUUCAGUUUGGCUCUCAUUUCAAACGGAUUGUGCCGUUAACACGCCACUACAUCUUCAUCCAAAUGGCUGAUCAGCUUACAGAGGAGCAAAUUGCUGGUAAGACAUCGCUCUUCUACUUUCCUCAUGUCCCGCAAAGCUGUCUGUGUUAUGGAUCCUUGCAGUGGAUUUACACUUUUGCCUUUUAAGGCAUUCCACCGGGCGGUCUGCUGCUCAUAAAACAGGAAUGAAUGAAACGGCUGUUGCUUGCUGGCUCUGCAGUGCAGAAGGACUCCCUCAUGGAAAACUUUGCAUUUUCAUGGUCGCUGUGCAAUUAAAUGAUGUAAUCUGGAAGGGCGGUGUAUUCUGGCCGAUCAGUCACCUUUCACAUAGUGUGCAUUUAGCGUCCUUUGCCCUGGGUGUGUUCUUAUUGGGUGGAAUGCUUUAAGAACAACUGCAGUAAAACUCCGGCCUGCAGGACCUGGACCAGUGCUGAAACCAACAUGCUGUAAUGUCAAGAAUGCAGGAGGAGUGUCACUGAAGGCAUUACUGCCAGUGUGUGCUAAGGGAUGCUCUCUAUAUUGUGUGUGUUCUCUAAAAUGUUGUGGCGUAUUGAACGUCUUCAGUUUCUGAUGACUCGCCUCAGAUCCGAUCACAGCUUUCACAAUAUGCUGAUUACUAUGCUUCUGACUUUUGUUGACUCAGCUGUAGUGCGUACAACCUCGCUUGAUGUUUUGCUGGCAUUAGAUCGUUCUGUCAGACACGCCGCUACGCUAAUGUGUUGGCUUUGGUUGAUUAACAAUCAAUUGAAGCACAGUAAGUGACCGCAGUGACUCUGGGUUUAAUGGCUAGCACACCCCCUCCUCCCCUUCUGUCCCUUUACUGCAGUCCAAGCAGACAACAGGACUUCCCUCACAACAAAGAGGGUGUUGCCCUGUGUGUUUGACCCUGCAAAUGGCAGGGAAGGUUGUGGUUUUUAUGAUGCUGACAAGCUGCUGCAUGCCACUCCACAUUGCCCGUUGGCCUCAUCAGACUUGAUGAGCGUGUCAUUGUCCUCAUCCCUCACAGCUCCGCGACCCACACAGGCUGUCAUUCUGACCGCCCUGCUGCUAGCUCUUGUGCUUGUUGUCCUUGUUUAGCCACAAACUACUGCAGUUGGGAGUAAAAACAGAAGAGUUGGUCGGUCUGCUGGAGCGAGUUUAUACCUAAAACAUGAUGGUGCAGUGCCCUUUUAAUGCCAGGACUUCGUUAAGGGCUUGUAUUACUCUGAUUUGCAGAUAUUUGAGUUUCCUUCUUGAUUGUUCGAUGCAUAUUUUUAUCUGGGAUUCAGGCCUCUGCUGUGUUUUUAACAAUAAAACUACUAUCCUGCCAGUCUUGAUGUGCAUUAAUGUGUAGCAUAUGUGCCCCUCUAAAGAAGAGCCUCCACCUUUUUCUGCAAACAGAGUUCAAGGAGGCGUUCUCGCUCUUUGACAAAGAUGGAGAUGGCACCAUCACCACCAAAGAGCUGGGCACAGUCAUGCGCUCUCUGGGCCAGAACCCCACAGAGGCCGAGCUGCAGGACAUGAUCAAUGAAGUGGAUGCUGAUGGUAAUGGAACGAUAGACUUCCCAGAGUUCCUGACCAUGAUGGCCCGGAAGAUGAAGGACACAGACAGCGAGGAAGAGAUCAGAGAAGCAUUCCGUGUCUUUGACAAGGAUGGUAAUGGAUACAUCAGUGCUGCUGAGCUGCGCCAUGUGAUGACAAACCUCGGGGAGAAGCUGACUGAUGAGGAGGUGGAUGAAAUGAUCAGGGAAGCAGACAUUGACGGAGAUGGACAGGUCAAUUAUGAGGAGUUCGUACAAAUGAUGACGGCGAAGUGAAGGCCUUGUACAGAUUUCGUAUAUAAAUAAUUUGCCUUUUUUUCUUUGUGUAAUUUAUCUGUAAAAUCUUAAUAGCCCCCUUCGUCCCGCCCCCUCUGCUGUCCAAAGGAACUGCAUGUAAACUGCAUAGGCUCUUGUCCCCAUGUCCCUUUCUUUUGCUGUCAUGGUGUUUUGGAGUGACAGAACGGUCAUACAACCAGAAGCCUGCGGAGGCCCCUGGGAGCCGGAGAACUUCGAAUCUUCCAGUCUUGUGUGCUCGGGGCCCCACCACGCAUGGCGACAUUGGAAACCUGUCAGCUGGUUGUCACUUGGCAACACUGUUGGCAUGGAAACGAUGUAGAGGAGUUUAAACUCUGCAUGGACUACGGACAAAGUAUAUAUGGAAAUCUCUCAGCAUUGCACUACUGCAAAAAAAUGACACGGGUGUAUCUCCUAGGUACUCGUACAAACUCUUUUUGUAUCUGCUGUUCUAUAUACCAGAAAACGACUAAUCUUACCAUGCUUUUUGAUGUUUUACUCACUACUUUUACUUUCUUUCUUUUCUCUUUCUUUUUUUAAUGACCUCUGGUCAUGCCUCAAAUAAUCCAUUCCAAGUUGUAUAUUUUUGUUUUCCAAUAAAAUUUACAAUUUACCCGGA